CAGUGAUUGCACAUUUUUUAAUUUUUAUUCUUCAACCAAACCUCCAUAGUUAAUAGUACUCCGUAUUAGUUUUAUUAUUUUCAAUCAUUAUAUUAUUCAAAGUGAUUAGCAAUUAAUUAAUCAGUGAAGCAGAGGAGAUGAAGAGCGAAGCUGAGCUCACAGUUCUCCACCCAUCCAUUCGAGCCCGGGCGGCGUCUCUUCGCACUAUCGCUAUACUUUUCGCCUCAUUUUUUGCAUUUUCUUUUGGCUUGACUCUAUUUUCCGGCAGAGAAGCUGCAGGGACAAACGCCACGGCGGCGGCAAAGCAUCCGAGACCCGACCCGGUGUUGGAAGCGCUGGUGCAUUACGCCACGGUGAAUACGACGCCGGUGUAUGCUGCUCGAAUGUCCACCGCGGAGGUGAAUUGCAUCGUCGCCGCCCUCCGCCGCUGCCAGAACGCGUGCAAUUUUCUCGUCUUCGGGCUGACCCACGAGACCUUCCUCUGGCACUCGGUGAACCACGGCGGCCGGACGGUGUUCAUCGACGAGAGCGCGUACUGGGUGUCCAAAUACGAGGAGAGAUUCAAAGGGAUCGAGGCGUACGAUGUGAAAUUCACGACGAGAGUGAGCGAAUUGUAUGAUCUUCUGGAGCACGCGAAGGGCGAGCUGAAGGGAGAGUGCCGGCCGGUGCAGAAUCUGCUGUUCUCCGACUGCAAAUUGGGGAUCAACGACCUCCCGAACCACAUAUACGACAUCGCCUGGGACGUCAUCCUGGUGGACGGCCCGCGCGGGUAUCCGGUGUCGGCGCCGGGGAGGAUGGCGGCGAUAUUCACCGCCGGCGUGCUUUCCCGGAGCAAAGUGGGCGGCGCGCCGGAGACCGAGGUGUUUGUGCACGAGAUUUAUAGAGAGGCGGAGAGAGUGAGCAGCGAGAGAUUCCUUUGCCGUGAGAAUGUGGUGAAUCGUGUGGGGGCUUUAGGCCAUUACAGAGUGGCGAAACAAGAUCCGCAGAAGUAUAUGUUUUGUUCAUCCGCUCAAUUCUCAUCGUCGUCUUCACCUCCGUCUGAUAGGUGAUGAAGCAGAGUUGUGUUAUGCAAUCGAUCAAGUGAAGGAAUAAUACAGGAUUAGUUUGUUAGCUUAAGACUUUCCCUAUAAAGAUAUUGUAUUAAACUUAUCUGACUAAACAAGCUCAAGAUGUGCAAUGCAUGAUCUCCAAUGCUUUUGAUGUAUACAAAUGAAACCGGUGGGCGUAGCUCAACUGGUAGUAAGGGAGUGCCACAGGGGUUAGGUCUCGGGUUCGAAUCCCGGCAACUGCGAUGAGGGGUUACUAUGCUGAAAAAUGCAUAGGGCCUCUGCAAGUACCGGGGACAGAGGCCCACUCUCUAUCUGUCAGAUUGUGAUUAUAGUCCAAUUUACAUCCUCUCAUCGUGCCGUCCGGUCGGUGUUGGGGGCCCUCAGGGAUGGGGUGUCAUCCUUUUUUUGAUGUAUACAAAUGAAAAUGGUACAUUGAUUAGAUGGGCCAAAAUAAAUAAAUUGAGGAGGGUCCAUUGAAUCCAUGUAAAAAUUGUGGAGGUCUCUGAUGGAUCGAUUCACCCCUACCGACAAACUUUCCAGUGGGUCACCCAUCCUUGGGCUUUCUUACCUCAGGCUCGCUUAACUCCAAAGUUCUGUGGUUAAAUAGCAGUUAUAUCUUUCUUAAAACCAAUUGGUGAUAAGGAAGUGGACACCCUCUAUUUAACACAUUACUCUGUAGUCCUCAAGUCAAGGCAGAUUCCUGUGGGGCACCCCCACAGUUCACUACGGCAGUGCAGAGCCCCACUAUUGAGCGAUG